AUGAGUGAAGGCUGCCCUGUUCCCGAAACCCGGGUUCUGGCAGUCGCUAGUCAUGUUGUCUCUGGAUAUGUUGGAAACAAGAUUGCCGUCUUCAGCAUGCAGUCCCUUGGCUGCGAUGUGGCAGCGUUGAAUACAGUCCAAUACAGUUAUCGCCAAUGGACCGGCUCACGAGUAUCUGCGCAAGAAAUCACGGACUUGUAUCGGGGACUCAAACAGUCUUAUCUUGACGACUUCGAUAUGAUGCUUUCUGGUUACGUGCCAGGCGCUCCCGCUCUUGAAGCUGUUGGGCAGAUUGGCCUUGAGCUCAAGCGCAAGGCUAAGGGGAAGCCUGGGAGCUUCUUCUGGGUGCUUGAUCCGGUCAUGGGAGACAAUGGGAACCUUUAUGUUGCACCGGACGUAGUGCCCGUAUACAAGAGCUUGGUACACCAUGCAGACUUGGUCCUACCAAACCAGUUCGAGGCCGAGCUUCUCUCUGAUACGAAAAUCACGGACGUUUCCGCACUUGCUAAUGCCAUACAAAUCAUGCAUGAACGUUAUCGCAUCCCUCACAUCAUUAUCACAUCAGUGUCCCUACCACAUCCAGAUCACCAAGAAGGCUCAGGACCAACCCUAUCAGUUGUCGGCUCCACGAUGACCUCGGACAGCCGCGCUCGUGCUUUCAAGAUCGUCUUCCCUGCCAUUGACUGCUACUUCAGUGGGACAGGCGACAUGUUCGCCGCGCUGAUGCUCGUGCGCAUGCGGGAGGCUGUGUGGGAGCACGAUCAAAAGAUCCGCAGGAGGAAGCAAGAGCAAGGACAGAACAGCGAUAGGGAUAGCAACGACAUCUUGAUGACCCGCGACGCUUGGCUUUCUGAUGACAGCGUUGAUGCGCUCGACUUACCCUUGGCCCGCGCCGCCGAAAAGGUGUUGGCAAGUAUGCACGAAGUGUUGACCAAGACGGCUGAGAACAUGCAGGGAGCCAUCGAGAAGGUUAAGCGGGAGGUUGCUGCUGCAGCCUCGGAGGAAGGAUUAGUUGACGGAGUGAAGGAGGGCACGGAUGGGUCUGUUUCGAAGGAAGAGGCAGAGAAAAAGAUGAUGCACUUGCUGAAGAGCAAGGCUGCAGAAUUAAGACUAGUCAGACACUUGGAUAGCUUGCGUUUCCCUAAGGUACAGUUCAAGGCGACGAGGCUGGAGGUCUAA